AUCUCCCCUGUCACUUUCUAAUGCUAGUUUAUGGGCAGCAUUUUGUAGCUUAAUUAUGAUGUUUUUCUGCAUGGUCACGUGGCCACAGAAACCAAUAAGGCAACUAAGUUGGUCCACCUCGGCUGAGCCUGGCCCCCGCGGGGAGGAGAUUGGCUGGUGUCCUGCACCGGGCGCUGUGCGCGCAGCCAGAGCCCCGACACCUCCCCAGCGGACACGGGCCCUAUAAAUCCCCCAGCCCGCUCCGGAGGGGGCAGCGGUACCCGGCACCCGUGGAGGCUCCUUGGGCUGGGGCUGCUUGCCGGAGGUGCGAGCGAAGUUCUCCUGCCACCCCACCCCGUGCGCAGCGGGGCGCAGCGCCGUGUCGCGCAGGGCCGCCGGCGGGGAUGGACUAUUCCUAUGAUGAGGACCUGGACGAGCUGUGUCCGGUCUGCGGGGACAAGGUCUCGGGGUACCACUACGGGCUGCUCACCUGCGAGAGCUGCAAGGGCUUCUUCAAGAGGACGGUGCAGAACAACAAGCACUACACCUGCACCGAGAGCCAGAACUGCAAGAUCGACAAGACCCAGCGGAAGCGCUGCCCCUACUGCCGCUUCCAGAAGUGCCUCACCGUGGGGAUGCGCCUGGAAGCCGUGCGUGCAGACCGGAUGCGCGGAGGCAGAAACAAGUUUGGGCCCAUGUACAAGCGGGACCGUGCCUUAAAGCAGCAGAAGAAAGCCCUGAUCCGUGCCAACGGCUUCAAGCUGGAGACCGUGCCCCAGAUCGUGUCUCCCGUGCAGAACGACUACAGCCUGUCCUCCACCAUCCACAGCAUCCACGCCAUGUCCAAGACCCUGCCGCCCAACCCCGCCGCCCUGACGCCCGUCGACUACGAGCGCGGCCCCUACGGGACGCCCUCCCUGGGAAUGACUGUGCCCAGCCACGCGCCGCUCGCCGGCUACCACUACCCCUCCUUCCCCAGCCGCACCAUCAAGUCCGAGUACCCCGACCACUACACAAACGCGCACGAGUCCAUGCCCUACAUGUACCCAGAGACCUACCCCAGCAGCUCCCCCCCCGACAUCCCCGAGGUCAUCCUGAAGCUGCUGCAGCUGGAGCCCGACGAGGCCCAGGUGAAGGCGCGGAUCCUGGCCUGCCUGCAGCAAGAGCAAGGCAAAGGCCGGCACGAGAAGCUCAGCACCUUCGGCCUCAUGUGCAAGAUGGCCGACCAGACCCUCUUCUCCAUCGUGGAGUGGGCACGGAGCUGCAUCUUCUUCAAGGAGCUGGAGGUGGGCGACCAGAUGAAGCUGCUGCAGAACUGCUGGAGCGAGCUGCUGGUGUUCGACCACGUCUACCGGCAGCUGCAGCACGGCAAGGAGCACAGCGUGCUGCUGGUCACCGGCCAGGAGGUGGACCUGUCGACGGUGGCGGCACAGGCGGGCUCCAUCCUGCACUCCCUGGUGCUGCGGGCGCAGGAGCUGGUCCUGCACCUGCACUCCCUCCAGGUGGACCGGCAGGAGUUCGUCUGCCUCAAGUUCCUGAUCCUCUUCAGCCUCGAUGUGAAGUACCUGGAGAACCACACGCUGGCUAAGGACGCUCAGGAGAAGGCCAACGCGGCGCUGCUGGAGUACACCGUCUGCCACUACCCCCACUCCACGGACAAGUUUCGCCAGCUGCUGCUGCGGCUGGCAGAGGUCCGGGCGCUGAGCAUGCAGGCGGAGGAGUACCUGUACCACAAGCACCUGAGCGGGGAGGUGCCCUGCAACAACCUCCUCAUCGAGAUGCUGCACGCCAAGCGGACUUGAGCGCGGCCCCGUGCGCGGACUCGGCAGAGCCCCGGCGCUGACGGCAGCACCACGGGGCAGGAAAGGU